CCAUCGUUCAUCUCCAUCUGGGCUAAACAGCAUCUACAAACUCUCCCACUCUCUUUCUUCCCCCAAUUCACAACCGCCAAAAUGGUCAAGCUUACCGAGGUCGAGGAUGAGCACUUCACCGACAAGCCCAUUCCCAGCAAGGGCGAUGCUCUGCUGGUCUCCGAUGACGAGGAGGAUUACACCGACACCGAGUCUGAGAUCUCCAACGAGGAGGAGGAGGACCUCGAGCUCGAGGAGGAGUCCCUCUACGAGCGUAUCUCCGCCCUGAAAGACAUCAUCCCCCCCGGCGCACGCCGCACCGUCAGCAACUCCGUCUCUACCAUCACAUCCCUCACCAAGUCCAGCCUGUCUUUCAGCGGCAAGGCUCUCUGGAUCAUCAGCACCAGCGCUUUCCUGAUCGGUGUUCCAUGGGCGCUGGCCUAUGCCGAGGAGGAGCAGUAUAUCCAGAUGGAGCGGGAGCAGGGUAUGAUUAAGGGUGCCAACGAGAUGCUCACACCCGGCGCCGAGCCCGAGAAGCAGGGGGUCCAGGCCACUCUGUAAAUUAAUUCCGCCCUGAGAAACGAGAUGAACAGGCAACAAACCGAAUGACCUGAUGGCCGAUCAUAUAAUUGACAGAAGAUCGGCAUAACGGCAACGAGAUGGGCGGAUGGACUCUAGGCUGUGACCCCGGGAUCCAUAAACCCCCCCUCAACCUGCAACCGACGACGUCCCUCAACCACAUAGGUUCGAAGGAUUAGCUGCAGGGCCGUUGCUCAUCAAGUCAUUCGGUUUUACCGGCCGUUUCCUCUCUUCUCCUUUCCUCGCUUCUUGAUAUGUCUUUUUCUCCCCCAGAAACCUUUUUGGCUCCGGCAGCUUAUGCAUGCAUGUAUUUGUACAAUCACAUCAUCUUCCUUUUUCCUCUCUCAAUAUGUCCUCGAUAUACGUUUUGUUUUUUUCAAUUGUUCUUCUCUUCGUGAUUUGUAUGCCUAGGUGAUGCAAUUUGAAUGGUCG